AUGGUAGAAUAUUUUGAUGAGAGGAGGUUGAACAAUGGAACUUGGAGCUUAGUGAUAGACAAGGAAGCAGAUGGGGAGGUUUCUGCCCUGUCCAUGAGAGGAAGAAUUUCUACUACACGUCCUUUUUUGCUCAGUAGUUUGUCCUUUUGUGACUCAAACAGGAGAAAGAAAUCUCUUGUUGGUUCACUCCUUAACACUGGAUUUAGUGCUCAAGGAGAAGCUGAAGACAGGUCAAGAGAACCUCAGGAUGCUAAUAGUUUAGAGUUAAAAGACACCCCAGCAGGGUCUGUGUUAUCUUCAACAGAAAUCAAUUUAAACAUUUUAGUGAAGAGCAGACAGCUGAACAUAGGCACCAACAUAGGAAGAGGGGCUGGAUUUAGUAGUAGUGCCUCUGGAAAUUUAGCAUUUGGUUUGGGGACAUCUGGUCAAAAGGGAUUGGAAGUCAGUAGAGCUGAUUGGAGUGAAAUUAGCAGUAGAGGAUCUGCUGGGGGUGAAUCCAUAGUUUUUUCAUCAGUUGGAACAGGGUGUUUUGGCUGGGAACUUGGAGCUAGAAGGGGCAAUGCUGCAUUUGGUUUUGGAGCUUCCGGUUCGAGUUCAUUUGGUGACAGGGGCUUUAGUAGCAGAACAGUUGAAGGAAAUUGAGUGAUUAGAUCUGAAGGAUCCAUUUCCAAUGAUCUAGGUGACACCAGUCUGAGAAAUGGUAAUACCUUUGUUGGUGAUAGCUCUGGAAACUUAGAAUCCAAUUUAGGGGCUUUUGGUCAACAGGGAUUUGGAAUCAAUGAACUUGGAGGGGAUAGAAUGAGUGGCAGUACAUCUGUUGGGGAUAGACACAAAGACUUUGGCUCUGAUGCCAGUAGUGUCACAAGCUCAUCUGACUACAGUACUUCUGGACCACUCAGCACUCCAGGAAAAGGAACCCAUAUUCCAGAAGCAACCCCCAAAUACUCAGAAACAAACACAACUAUUGGUGAAGUUUCUACUUGGGGCAAAGGAGCAUAUAAAGCUUUCAAUGGCCGUGUCUUUUCCUUUGAGUCUUCAUGCACGUAUAGUUUCUGCCGUCACUGUGUUGAAUCUGGAGGAGAUUUCAAUAUUGAGAUCAAACGAAACAAUGAUAGUGAGAUUGAAAAAAUAACAGUUAUAGUAGACAGUAAUGUCAUCUCUAUUGUUGGCGAUAUCAUUUCAGUUAAUGGAGAAAGUGUACAGAUACCAUAUGACAAUAAGAUGAUUCACAUUAAAAAAUAUGGAGAACAUAAUGUUCUGAAUAGCCGUAGAGGAAUCCUGUCUUUAAUGUGGGAUGAAAAUAAUAAACUCUCACUCACUCUUCACAAGCAAUAUCCAACUUGUGGUCUUUGUGGUAACUUCAACGGCAUUCCAGGAGACGAUAUUAAUGAGCACAUUGACAAUAGUAAAAUUCCUGGUACUUGUCCCAAAGCUGUUACCAAAAGCUAUCAAGUUUGUGAAGAUGGAGUGCAUCACUGUAACAAAAUUAUUGGAACCUACUUUGAGAAAUGUGGAAAGGUUGGCACUUUAUCCAACGACUACAAAGUGAUCUGCAUUGAUGAGUACUGUCAAAGUAGAGACAAAAAAUCCACCUGUGACAUUUAUGCAGAAUUGUCCCGCCUCUGUUCAUCAGAUGGUCCCGGCACCUAUGUAUCCUGGAGAGAUGAUCCCGAUGUGGUUUGUGAAAAACCUAGAUGCCCAGAAAAACAUAUCUACAAAGAAUGUGGUCCCUCAAAUCCUGCAACUUGUUCUAAUGUGGCUCCUUUUCAAGGCAUCGAAUGUGUGAGUGGCUGCACCUGCCCAGAAGGUUAUCUAUUGGAUGAUAUUGGAGAGAAAGGGAGAUGCGUGUUGAAGGCUGACUGUCCCUGUGAAUCUAAUGGAAAGGUGUAUCAGUCAGGAGAAAUCCGUGAAGGUUCUUGUGGUUCUCAGUGCACAUGCCAAGAAGCAAAGUGGUCUUGCACUAAAAUGUUAUGUCCUGGAAGAUGUAAGGUGGAAGGAAGUUUGAUUACCACCUUUGAUGGUGUUAAAUACAAUCAUCCUGGAAACUGUCACUUUUUGGCCAUCCAUGAUAAAGAUUGGUCUAUUAGUGUUGAGCUUCGUCCAUGUCCAAGUGGUCAGUCAGGAACGUGCUUAAAUAGUGUUACACUCCUCUUGAAUUCGUCUGUUCCAGUUGACAAAUACAUAUUCAAUAGAGAUGGAACAGUCACAAAUGACAAGAUUAGAAAUCAAGGUUAUUAUUAUUCAGAAAAAAUACAGAUCUCCAAUGCAUCUUCCUCAUACCUUCAAGCAGAAACAUACUUUCAUGGAAAACUGCAAAUACAAAUUGUUCCUGUGAUGCAAUUAUAUGUUUCCAUGCCACCCAACCAAUUCACAGACACUGUAGGACUCUGUGGUUCCUACAACAACAGAGCAGAGGAUGAUUUCAUGUCAAGUCAGAAUAUAUUAGAGAAGACAUCUCAGGCAUUUGCUAAUUCUUGGGAAAUGAUGCCUUGUCCUAAAGGAAACACUGCUUCAUGCGUCAGUAUAGAAAAAGAAAGGUUUGCUGAAAGGCACUGUGGAAUUCUUCUUGAUUUGAGUGGGCCUUUUGCUUCCUGCCAUUCAGUUGUGGACCCUAAACCAUAUCAAGAGGAAUGCAAAAAAUACACUUGUACUUGUGAAAAUAGUCAAGACUGCCUGUGUACAAUUUUAGGCAACUAUGUGAAAGCAUGUGCUGAGAAGGAAACUUACAUGAUAGGAUGGAGAGCUGGGCUUUGUGAUCAAUCUUGUCCAAGCGGCCUAGUUUUCAGGUACAAUGUAAAAACCUGCAAUAGUUCCUGCCGAUCAUUGUCAGAGAGAGAUAGGAGCUGCGAUAUGGAAGGUGUUCUAGUUGAUGGAUGCACUUGCCCUGAUGGAAUGUACCAGACUAAUGAAAGAAAUUGUGUUCCAAAAUCUCAGUGUGACUGCUACAUAAAUGACGAAGUCCUGCAACCAGGCAAACUCAUCCAUAUUGGUGACAAUAAAUGCGUAUGUCGAGAUGGAAUUCUUCUUUGCCAGACUCCCAUUGAUUUAACGCUACAGAAUUGUUCUAGAGGGGCUGAAUAUGUUGACUGUAGGAAUCCUAAGGCACAGAGAAGAGUUGACAGUACCUGUAGCACUCGGAACAUACCUAGUUUUGAAGAGAACUUGCCUUGCAAGCGUGGAUGCUACUGUCCUGUAGGAAUGGUUCGAAAUUCUAAAGGGAACUGUGUCUUCCCUGAUGACUGCCCAUGUUCUUUUGGUGGACAAGAGUAUGACCAAGGAAGUGUCACCUCGGUUGGCUGCAACAAAUGUACUUGCAUAAAAGGAUCUUGGAACUGUACACAAAAUGAAUGUCAAACCACCUGCCAUAUCUAUGGGGAAGGUCAUGUUAGAUCUUUUGAUGGAAAAAGUUACAGCUUUGAUGGUCUCUGCCAGUAUUCAUUUAUCGAGGAUUAUUGUGGUCAUGAAAAUGGCACAUUCCGUAUUUUAACUGAAAGCAUCCCGUGUUGUGAAGAUGGGCUUACAUGCUCAAGAAAAAUUAUAGUUGCUUUUCAGGAUCAGAAUAUUGUCUUGCAAGAUGGUAAAGUCACAGCAGUCAAAACUACAGAAAGUAAGGAAUGUGAACUCAGUGGAAAUUCAUACUCUGUUCAUACCAUUGGCCUGUACUUGAUUUUGAAAAUUUUAAGUGGAAUAACCAUAAUUUGGGACAAAAAUACAAGAAUUUCUGUGUUAUUGGAUCCACGCUGGAAUGGCAAAGUGUGUGGUCUUUGUGGAAAUAACAAUGGCGAUCUUAAGGAUGAUUUCACAACGAGAUACUCAUCAGUAGCUGCUGGAGCACUGGAAUUUGGAAAUAGCUGGAAAACAAGUCAAGAAUGUUCAGACACAGUAGCUCAAACCUUCCCAUGUGACUCAAACCCAUACUGUAAAGCUUGGGCUGCGCGGAAAUGUGAGAUCAUCCGGGACAGCACCUUCAGAGACUGCCACAAUAAGGUGGACCCCAGUGCGUACUAUGAUGCAUGUGUUGAAGAAGCUUGUGCAUGUGACAUGGAGGGGAAGUACCUGGGAUUCUGCACAGCUGUGGCGAUGUACGCAGAAGCAUGCAGUGCGGUUGGAGUCUGUGUUACAUGGAGAAAACCAGAUCUCUGUCCUAUCUACUGUGAUUAUUAUAAUGCACCUGGGGAAUGCAGCUGGCAUUAUGAACCUUGUGGUACAGUGACUGCAAAAACAUGCAAAGAUAGAGUAAUUGGCCAGAAGUUUUCUGCACUUUUAGAAGGCUGUUAUGCUAAGUGCCCAGACAGUGCUCCCUUCCUGGAUGAGAACACCAUGAAAUGUGUCAGUUUGUCUGAGUGCAGCUGCUUCUAUAAUGACAUCAUACCUGCUGGUGGAGUGAUCCAAGAUAACUGUGGGAGAACAUGCUAUUGCAUCGCAGGAGAGUUGGAGUGCAGUGAAACUGCUCCUGCAAAUUCAACAUUUACAGUUUCUACUACAACAGCUACCUCCAUACUAAGCGCUGAAGCAGCAAUUACACUGGUGACCAGUAGCUCAGGCACAGCAGCUUCCAUUCCAGGGAUUACUACAUCAAGCAGUGAAAUAAUAGGUAUUACUAGAACUCCAGUGCCUAUCACCUCCACACCUGGAAGUGUGGGCACCACAGGAGCAGUGGGCCCCACCGUCACCAGUCCUGGGCUCAUAUCAGGGUCAACUGGAGGAUCAGUAAGUGCAACCACAGGCACUGAAGAUGGAAGCACAAGUGACAUAGGCUUCAGAGCAGGGACCCCAGGAGUAUCAGAGGGUUUCACAACCACGCAUGGAAACAAGAGCACAAGUGGAGACUCACCUACCCCAGGCACAACCCCGGGAGGCCAAGCAGGUAUUGAAAUGGGAAGUCUGAGGCAUCUUCUUACUGACCUUAGGGAAGUUGCCAGCACUUCUGAGUUAUUAGUUACUGGUGUAACAGGAGAAUUUGUUGGAACUACCACUGAAACUGGCAGUGGCAUCACAGCUAGACCACCUUUUCCUAGUUCCAGACCAACUGGAACAACUGGAGGGGAAAAUGCUGCCACCACUAGAGCUGCUGGUGAAAACACUUCUGGAGCAGCAGCUCUUUUAACAUCAGCUGGAGGAUCAAGGACAACUGGACAAUCAACUGAAGGAUCAGGGACAAUUGAACCAUCAUCUGGAGGAUCAAGGACAACUGGACCAUCUGUUUUAGGAUCAGGGACAACUGGAUCAUUAUCUGGAGUGACAGAGACAACUGGACCAUCAACAGAAGAAUCAGGAACCACUAAACGAUCAAAUGAAGUCUCAGGAAAAACUGUACCAUUAACUGAAGGAUCAAGGACAACUGUGCAAUCAAUUGGAGUUACAGGGACUACUGGAUCAUCAACUGAAGAAUCAGGGACAACAGUACCAUCAACUGGAGUGACAGGGACUACUGAAACAUCAACUGGAGGAUCAGGAACAACUGGAUCAUCAAUUGGAGUAUCAGGGGCUACUGGACCAUCAACUGGUGAUUCUGGGGCAACUGCAUCAUCAGGUUUAGGUUCAAAGACAAGUGAACGAUCAGUUAGAGGAUCAAGAACCACUGAGACAUCAGAUGCAGUGACAGGAACAUAUGAACCAUCAAUGAGAACAUCAGGGACAACUGGAAAAUCUAGGUCAACUGGACCAUCUGUUGUAGGGUCAGAGACAACUGCUCCAUUAUUUGGAGCAAUAGGGACUACUAUUAUUGGAAAAGGAACCAGUUUAUGGUCAUCUGGAGGAUCAGGGAUCCCUGAAUCAACAUCUGGAAAUUCAAUAGCAACUGGACCAAAUAUGGUAGGCUCAGAGACAAGUGCACCAUUAUCUGGGGCAACAGGGACCACUGUUAUAAGAUCAGGAACCAGAUUACCCUCAUCUGGAGCAUCUUGGACACCAGAACCAUCAACUGGAGGAUCAGCAACAACAGGACAAUCUGGUGUAGGUUCAGAGACAAAUGUACCAUUAUCUAGAGCAACAGGGACCACUGUUAUAGGAUCACGAACAAGUUUACCCUCUUUUGGAGCAUCAGGGACCCCUGGAUCAUCACCUGGAGGAUCAGCAGCAACUGCACCAAAGGUUGUAGGUUCAUGGACAACUACACCAUUACCUGGAGCAAGAGGGACAACUGUUAUAGGAUCAGGGACAAAUGGAUCAUCCCUUGAAGGAUCGAUGACAAGUGGAUCAACAGCUGGACUGACAAGAACAACUAAAAUCUCUGUUGUAGGGUUGGGGACAACUGGACCAUCAUCUGGAACAUCAGGAGCAACUGGAACAGCCAGUGACAGUGCAGGAGCAAUUGGAUCAUUAGCUGAGGUGACAGGAACAACUGGAAUCUCUGUUGUAGGUUCAGGGACAACUGGAUCAUCACCUGGAGGAUCAGGAGCAAGUGGACCACCUGUUGUAGUUUCAGAGACAACUGCACCAUUAUCUGGAGCAACAGGGACCACUGUUACAGGGAUAAGAGUCAGUUUACCAUCAGUUGAAAGAACAGCCAUGACUAGUUCAAUACCUCGAGGAUCAGGGACAACUGGACAAUCUGUUGUACGUUCAGAGACAACUGCAUCUUUAUCUGGAGCAACAGAGACCACUGUUAUAGGAACAGGAAGUAGUUUACCCUCAUCUGGAGCAUCAGGGACCCCUGGACCAUCACUUAGCAAAUCAGCAGCAACUGGAUCACCUGGUAUAGGUUCAGAGACAAAUACACCAUCAUCUGGAGCAACAGGAAACACAGUUACAGAAUCAGGAACAGGUUUACCCUUAUCUGGAGCAUUAGGGAAAUCUGGAUCAUCACCUGGAGGAUCAGCAGCAACUGGACCACCUGGUAUUGGUUCAGAGACAACUGCAGCAUUAUCUGGAACAACGGGAACUGCAGCUAUAGCAUCAGGAACAAGCUUAUCAUCAGUUGAGAGAUCAGGGACCACUAGAUCACUACCUGGAAGAUCAGGGACAACUGGACCAACUGGUCUAAGUUCAGAGAUAUCUGUGACAUUAUCUGCAACAAUAGGAACUAAUGUUAUAGGAUCAGGAACAGGUUUACCCUCAUCUGGAGCAUCAGGGACCCCAGGAUCAUCACCUGCAGGAUCAGUAGCAACUGGACCACAUGGUGUUGGUUCAGAGACAAUGGCACCAUUAUCUGGAGCAACAGGGACUGCUGCUAUAAGAUCAGGAACCGGUUUAACAUCGGUUUUAAAAUCAGGGACCACUAGAUCAAUACCAGGAAGAUCAGGGACAACUGGACCACCUGCUGUAAGUUCAGAGACAACUGCACCAAUAUCUGGAGCAAGAGGAACUACAGCUAUAGGAUCAGGUACAAGUUUACCAUCGGUUAAGGGAUCAGGGAGCACUAGAUCACUACCUGGAGGAUCAGGGACAAGUGGACCACCUAGUGUAAGUUCAGAUAUAACUGCCCCAUUAUCUGGAACAACAGGGUCUAAUGUUAUAGGAUCAGGAAGCAAUUUACCAUCAUCUGGAUCAUCAGGGAACCCUGGGUCAUCACUUGGAGGAUCAGCAGCAACUGGACCACCUGGUAUUGUUUCAGACACAACUGCCCUAUUAUCUGGUGCAACAGGGACCACUGCUUUAGGAUCAGGAACCAGUUCACCAUUGUUUGAAGGAUCAGGGACCACUAGAUUAAUACCUGGAGGAAUAGGGACAACUGGACCACGUGCUGUAGGUUCCGAGACAACUGCAUCAUUAUCUGGAGCAAGAGGAACUGCAGGUAUAGGAUCAGGAACAAGUUUACCAUCACUUGAGGGGUCAGGGACAAUUAGAUCACUACCUGGAGGAUCAGGAGCAAGUGGAACACCUGGUGUAAAUUCAGAGAUUACUGUGCCAUUAUCUGGAGCAACAGGGACAAAUGUUAUAGGAGCAGGAAGCAGUUCACCCUCAUCUGGAGCCUCAGGGAUCCCUGGCUCAUCACCUGGAGUAUCAGUGACAAGUGGACCACCCGGUAUAGGUUCAAAGACAAAUGCACCAUUUUCUAGAGCAACAGGGACUACUGUUAGAGGAUCGGAAAUCAGUUUACCCUUAUCUGGAACAUCAGGGACACCUGGAACAAAACCUGGAAAAUCAGUAGCAAGUGGACCAAAUACUGUAGGUUCAGAAACAAGUGCACCAUUAUCUAGAGCAACAGGAACCACUGAUAAAGGAUCAAGAACGAGUUUACCCUCAUCUGGAGCAUCAGUGGCACCUGGAUCAUCACCUGGAGGAUCAGCAGCAACUGGACCACCUGGUAUUGGUUCAGAGACAACGGCACCAUUAUCUGGAGCAACAGGAACUGCAGCUAUAGCAUCAGGAACAAGUUUACCAUCGGUUGAGGGAUCAGGGACCACUAGAUCAGUACCUGGAGGAUCAGGGACAAGUGGACCAACGGGUCUAAGUUCAGAGAUAUCUGUGCCAUUAUCUGCAACAACAGGGACUAAUGUUAUAGGAUCAGGAACAGGUUUACCCUCAUCCGGAGCAUCAGGGACCCCAGGAUCAUCACCUGCAGGAUCAGCAGCAACUGGACCACAUGGUGUUGGUUCAGAGACAACGGCACCAUUAUCUGGAGCAACAGGGACCGCUGCUAUAAGUUCAGGAACCGGUUUAACAUCGGUUUUAAAAUCAGGGACCACUAGAUCAAUACCAGGAAAAUCAGGGACAACUGGACAACCUGCUGUAGGUUCAGAGACAACUGCACCAGUAUCUGGAGCAAGAGGAACUGCAACUAUAGGAUCAGGUACAAGUUUACCAUCGGUUGAGGGAUCAGGGAGCACUAGAUCACUACCUGGAGGAUCAGGGACAAGUGGACCACCUAGUGUAAGUUCAGAUAUAACUGCGCCAUUAUCUGGAGCAACAGGGACUAGUGUUACAGGAUCAGGAACCAGUUUACCAAUAUCUAGAGCAUCAGGGACUCUUCGAUCAUCAACUGGAGGAUCAGCAGCAACUUCAUCACCUGGUGUUGGUUUGGAGACAACAGCAACACUAUCUGGAGCAACAGGGACUGCUGCUAUGGGAGCAGGAAUCAGUUUACUCUCAGCUGAAGAAACAGGGACCACUAGAUCAAUUUCUCAAGAAUCAGGGACAACUGCACUACCUGGUGUAAGUUCACAGACAACUGCAGCAUUAUCUGGAGCAACAAUAACUGCAGCUAUAGGAUCAGCAACCAGUUUACCAUCAGUUGAGGGAUCAAGGACCACUAGAUCACUACCUGGAAGAUCAGGGACAACUGGACCACCUGGUGUAAGUUCAGAGAUAACUGCACAGUUAUCUGGAGCAACAGUGACUAAUGUUAUAGGAUCAGGAACCAGUUUACCCUUGUCCGGAUCAUCAGGAACCCCUGGAUCAUCAACUGGAGUAUCAGCAGCACGUGCACCACCUGGUGUUGGUUUGCAGACAACUGCACCAUUAUCUGGAGCAACAAGGACCACUGCUUUAGGAUCAGGAACCAGUUUACCAUCCGUUGAAGGACCAGGGACCACUAGAUUAAUACCUGGAAGAUCAGGGACAACUGGACCACCUGCUGUAGGUACAGAGAAAACUGCACCAUUACCUGGAGCAAGAGGAACUGCAGGUUUAGGAUCAGGAACAAGUUUACCAUUGGUUGAGGGAUCAAGGACCACUAGAUCACCACCUGGAAGAUUAAAGACAAGUGGACGACCUGGUGUAAGUUCAGAUAUAACUGUGCCAUUAUCUGGAGCAAGAAGAACUGCUGCUAUAAGUCCAGGAGCACGUUUACCCUCAUCUGGAGCAUCAGGAACCCCUGGAUCAUCCCCUGGAGGAUCAGCAGCAACUGGACUACCUGGUAUUGGUUCAGAGACAACUGCAGCAUUAUCUGUAGCAACAGGAACUGCAGCUAUAGGAUCAGGUACCAGUUUACCAUCAGUGAAGGGAUCAGGGACCACCAGAUCACUAUCUGGAGGAUCAGGGACAAGUGGACCAACUGGUUUAAGUUCAGAGAUAACUGAGCAAUUAUCUGGAACAACAGGGACUAAUGUUAUAAGAUCAGGAACUAGUUUACCCUCAUCUGGAGCAUCAGGGAACCCUGCAAUAUCACCUGGAAGAUCAGCAGCAAAUGGACCACCUGUUGUAGGUUCAGAGACAUUUAGACCAGUAUCUGGAGCAGUAGGCACCACUCUUACAGGAUCUGGAGACAGUUUAACAUCAUUUGAAAGAACAGCCUCUACUAGAUCAAUUCCUGGAGGAUCAAGGAGAACUGGACUAUCAGUUAUAGGUUCAGAGACAACUGUGUCUCUAUUUGGAGCAACAGGGACCACUGUUAUUGCAUCAAGAACCAGCUUGCCAUCAGCUGAAAGAUCUGCCACCAGUAGUUCAAUGCAUGUAGGGUCAGGGACAAGUGGACCAUAUGUUGUAGGUUCAGACACAAGUGCACCAUUAUCUAGAGCAACAGGGACCGCUGUUAUAGGAUCAGGAACAGGUUUACCAUCAGUUGAAGGAUCAGGGACCACUAGAUCGGUACCUGGAGGAUCAAGGACAACUGGACCACCUGGUGUAAGCUCAAAGACAAUUUCAUCUUUAUCUGGAGCAACAGGGACUAAUGUUAUAGAAUCAGCAACCAGUUUACCCUCAUCUGGAGCAUCAGGGACCCCUGGAUCAUCGCCUGGAGAAUCAGCAGCACCUGCACCACCUGAUGUAGGUUCAGAGACAACUGCACCAUUAUCUGUAGGAACAAGGACUACUAUUUAUGGAUUAGGAACCAGUUUACCAUCAUCGGUAACAUCGGCAAACCCUGGAUCAUUUCCUGGUGGAUCACCAACCCCUGGAUCACCUGGUUCAAGUUCAGAGACAACUGCACCAUCAUCUGGAGCAACAGCGACCACUGUUAUAGGAUUAGUAACCAGUUUACCAUCAGUUGAAGGAUCAGCGACCACUAGAUCAAUACUUGGAGGAUCAGAGACAAGUGGACCAUCUGUUGUAGGUUCAGAGACAACUGUACCAUUAUCUGGAGCUACAGGGACCACUGUUAUUGUGACAAGAACCAGUUUGUCAUCAGUUGAAGCAUCAGCCACCACUAGUUCAACAUCUGGGGGGUCAGGGACAAGUCGACCAUAUGUUGUAGUUUCAGAGACAAGUACACCAUUAUCUGCAACAACAGGUACCACUGUUAUAGGAUCAGGAAACAGUAUACCCUCAUCUGGAGCAUCAGGGACUCCUGGAUCAUUGCCUGUAGGAUCAGCACCAACUGAACCACCUGGUGUAAGUUCAGAGACAACUGCACCAUUAUCUGGAGCAAGAAGGACCACAGUUAUAGGAAGAGAAACUAGUUUACCAUCAGUUGAAGGAUCAGUCACCACUAGAUCAAUACCUGGAGGAUCAGGAACAGCUGGAUCAUCUUUUGUAGGUUCAGAGACAACUACACCAUUAUCUGGAGAAAUAGGGACGACUGUUAUGGGAUCAGGGACAAGUUUACAAUCAGUUGUAGGAUCAGGGAUAACUGGAUCCACAGUUGUACUGCUAGGAACAACUAGAAUCUCUAUUGUAAGUUCAGGGACAACUGGAUCAUUAUCUGGACCAUCAGAGACAACUGGAACAUCAAUUGAAAGAUUAGGAACAACUCGUUCAUUAUCUGGAGUGACAGGAACCAAUAGAAUCUCUGUUGUAAAUUCAGGUAUAACUACACUAUCAUCUAGAGCAACACUGACCCCUGAAUCAUCACCUGGAGGAUCUGUAUCAACUGAAUCACCUGAUGUAGGUUUAGAGACAACUGGAUCAUUAGCUGAAGCAUCAUGGACAACUGAAACAUCAGCUGAAGAAUCAGACAAAACUGGAACUUUUGUUUCAGGUACCAGGACAACUGGAUUAUCAGCUGGAAGUUCAGGGACAACUCGAUCAUCUAUUAUAGGAUCAGGAACAACAGGACUAGCAGUUGAAGUAUCAGGGACAGCUGGACCAUCAUCUGGAGGAUCAAGGACAACUAGAACAUCAAUUAAAGGAUUUGGAACAACUGGUUCAUUAGCUGGAGUUACAGGAACAACUAUAAUCUAUGCUGAAAUUUCAGGGACAGCUGCACCAUUAUCUGGGGUGACUAGGACUCCUGUAUUAUCACCAGGAGGAUCAGCAUCAACUGGAACAAGUGUUGUAGGGUCAGGGACAACGGGAUCAUCAGGUGGAGAUUUAUGGAGAACUGGACCAUCAACUGGGAAAUCAGGAACCACUGGAUCAUCACCUGGAGAAUCAGUGUCAGGUGGUAUUUCUGCUGUAGGUUCAGGGACAACUGUACCAUCUCCUGGAGUCACAAGGACAGUGGGAGUUUCAGAGACCACUCAAUCAUCUGUUAUAGGAUCUGAGACAACCACACCUGCAGUUGAAGGAUCAGGGACAACUGGAUCAACAGCUGGACUGACUAUAACCACUAGGACAUCUGUUGUAGGUUCAGGGACAACUGGACCAUCAUCUGAAGUGACAAGGACAACAAUAACAUCUGGUGUAGUUUCAGGGACAAUGGGACCACCAUCUGGAGAAACAGAGACCACUGUUAUAGGAUCAGGAGCAAGUGGAUCAUCAGCUGAAGGAUCACAGGCAAGUGGAUCAACACCUGGAAUGACAAGAACCACUGGAACAUUCAUUGUAGAUUCAGAGACAAGUGCACCAUCAUCUGGAGCAUCAGGGACAGCUGGAUCAUCACUUGGCCUGACUGCCACAACUAGAUUCUCUGUUGUAGGCUCAGGGACAAUGGAACCAUCAACUAGAGAAUCAUGGACAACCAGCCCAAGAGAUGUAACUUCAUCAACCAUUGUAUUGUCAGCUGGUGCUUCAGGAACAACUAGACCUGGAGUAACAGGGACAAGUAAACCAUCUGUUGUAGGUUCAGAGACAGCUGGGAUCACUGUUAUAGGAUCAGGGUCAAGUGGAUCAUCAGCUGAAGGAUCAGAGACAACUGGAUCAACAGCUGGACUGACUAUAACCACUAGGUCAUCUGUUGUAGGUUCAGGGACUACUGGACCAUCAUCUGGAGUGACAGGGACAAAAAUAACAUCUGGUGUAGGUUCAGGGACAACUGGACCACCAUCUGGAGAAAGAGGGACCACUGUUAUUGAAUCAGGAGCAAGUGGAUCAUCAGCUGAAACAUCACGGACAACUGGAUCAGCAGGUGGACUAACAAUAACCACUAGAACAUCUGGUAUAGGUUCAGGGGCAAGUGCACUAUCAUCUGGAAAGACAAGGACAACAAUAACAUCUGGUGUAGGUUUAGGGACAACUGGAUCAUCAUCUGGAGAAACAGGAACCACUGUUGUUGAAUCAGGAACAAGUGGACGCUUAGGUGAAGGAUCAGGGACAACUGCAUCACCAGAUGGAUUGACAAGAACCACUAAAAUCUCUGUUGUAAGUUUAGGGACUACUGGACCAUCAUCUGGAGUGAUGUGGACAACACGAACAUCUAUUGUAGGUUCAGGGACAACUGGAUCAUCAGCUGGAAUAUUGGAGACAAUUAAUAUAUCAGCUGAAGGAUCGAAGACAACUAGACCAUCAAUUGGAAGAUCAUGGACAACUGGGACAUCAGUUGAAGGAUCUGGAACAACUGGAUCAUCAACUUUUACAACCACAGGGGCCAGGAGGACAACUUGGGGGCCAGGAAGUGAGGUUACCACAUAUGAAGGUGGAAUCAGUAGAUCAGUGGGAGCUACCAGAGGUGCUGGUAGUGGAGGCCCAGUCGGAGCAUCAAGCUUUGGAGCCACUUCUGCUGGGAGCCAAGCAGGAGCCACCCCUGGCUCAACAAUUGCACCAGAAAGAUCCACUACUACUGGCUCAGAUAAUACAAUUCCACCAGAACCUGUUGUAGAGGCUACAACUUCCAGAGAAGGUACUGGUACUGCUGGAAUUGGAUUCCAGACAGGCGCCACUGAGGUAGCCCCUGGCACAACAGUUGCCCCUGGCAAUUUCAACACAGAAGGAGAAAGUGAAACAACCAGAGUUGGAAUAGCCAAAGGUACUACUGGUAUAGUCUCUGGAAAAACUCUGGAACCUGGAAGUUACAACACAGAGGUCACCACUUCCAUGAGAAGAAGUGGGACCACCCAACCAGAACUUCCAGGAGGUAUCACCAUGGUUUUACCUGGAGCCAGCAGCAGUUCACAGAGUUCCAUGUCAGGUACUUCAGGAGAUUUCUCUAAGACAGCCAUAUCUGGAAGUUCCCACACAGGCACCACUGGGGUAAUUCCUGGCAAAACUGUUGCCCUUGGCAGUUCCAACACAGAGGCCACAACUUCUGUAGAAGAAAGUGGAACAGCAAGAGUUGGCAUAAUCACGGGCACAAUUGAGAGCAUCUCUGGCAAAACUCUGGGACCUGGAAGUGCCAACACAGAAGCCACAAGUUCCACAAGAGGCAGUAAGACCACCCAAGGAGGACUACCAGGAGGCACCUCUGGCACACCAGGUGGAUAUGUCCCUGGAAGUAAAACAGGUAUCACUGUAGAAUUGUCUGGAACAACCAUUGCAUCUGAAAGUUCUAACACAGAGGCCACAACUUCCACAGAAGAGACUAGAACUGGAGCUCAAACAGGUGAAAACAAAGAGCCUGUGACCACUGUACCAGGGAGCCAGGUCUCUGACAGUCAAACGGUGAUUUCAGGUACCAGUGGUGUAGUCUCCAGCCCAGCUAUUGCAUCUGGAAGUUCCAGCACUGAUACCAAGGGUAUGGCCUCAGGUACCACUGUUGAACCUAGAAGUUCCAAUACUGAAGCCACAACUUCCACUGGAGUCAUUAGAACUACUGUAGUGGAAUGGAAAAUAGAUGAGAAUUAUUGUGUAUAUGUGUGUGUGGUGGUGUGUGUGAGAAUUUUGGUUAAUAAAUUACAGUUGACCCUGAACAGCAUGGGUAUCACCACGAAAUUAAAUGAUGGAAAGACAGUCCCAGAAGGUUCUAUUUCAGGUACCACAAGUGUAGCUUCUGGCACUACACUUGAACCUGGGAGUUCAAACACAGGGGGAUCUAGUAGCCAAGUCACUGGCAUUCAAACAGGUACUACUGGAGUGGAUCAUGGUAGUACCAUCUCACCUUGGAGUUCCAACACAGGAGCCACCACUGGCACAUCUGAGAGGCCAAGCCCUGGAAGUGAAACAGGUACCACUAGUGUAGUCUCUGGCACAACAGUUGCAUCUGGAAACUCUAACACAGGGGCCACAACUUCUUUGGGAAGUGGUGAAACCACCCAGGGUAGAAUUAAAAUAGUUACCACGAGGGUGACUAUUGGCACAACUAUCGCACCUGGGAAUAUACAGGAAGAAGGAAGAGUCACUAGCAAAAUUUCAGGGAGCCAAUCUACUAGAAGUAAAACGGGUACCACUGGGAAAGGCUCUGGGACAUCCUCACCUGGAGGUUUCAAAACAGGCAAUAACCUGGAAUCCGUAGGAGUCACCAGUAGCCAAGAAGGCACUGCUGUGAUAUCAAGCAAAAUUACUGGUGUCUCAGAAAGUUCCAGCCAAGGUACCUCCAAGGAAGCAUCUGAAACAACCACUGCUCCUGUAAUUUCUACCACAGUCACUGCUUCCACAGGAGUCAAGGAAACCUCUGGAACUGGAAUGCAAACAGGCUCCACCUCAGUGUCAAAUGGAAUCACAACAAGCCCCAAAGUGUCCUACCCAGAAACCACUGUAGUAGCAACAGGAGAUCAAGAAAAUGAAAAUAAAACAGGAUGUCCAGUAUCACUUCCACCGCCUCCAGUUUGUCAUGGUCCACUGGGAGAAAAGAAGUCUCCUGGAGACAUAUGGACUGCCAAUUGCCACAGAUGCACCUGUACCAAUGCAAAGACCGUAGACUGUAAACCCAAGGAGUGUCCUUCUCCACCCACAUGCAAAACUGAAGAGAGGCUUGUAAAGUUCAAAGCUAAUGAUACCUGCUGUGAAAUCGGGUACUGUGAACCAAGAACAUGUUUAUUUAACAAUACCGACUAUGAGGUUGGUGCUUCAUUUGGUGACCCCAGCAACCCAUGUGUCUCCUACUUCUGCCACAGCACAGGUUUCAUUGCGGUGGUACAAGACUGCCCAAAGCAGACUUGGUGUGCAGAAGUAAGCAGAGUCUAUGAUUCAAAUAACUGUUGCUAUACAUGUAAAACUAAUUGCAGAUCUUCACCCGUGAAUGUGACUGUUAACUACAAUGGUUGCAAGAAAAAAGUUGAGAUGGCAAGAUGCAUAGGGGAAUGCAAAAAGACUCUCAGGUAUGAUUAUGAUAACUUUCAGUUGAAAAAUUCAUGCCUUUGCUGCCAAGAAGAAAACUAUGAGUUCAGAAAAAUUGUUCUUGACUGUCCUGAUGGUGGUACAAUACCUUACAGAUACAGGCACAUCACGACGUGUUCCUGCUUAGACAUGUGCCAACAAUCUAUGACCUCAACAGUCAGUUAA